AUGGCAACCAAAAAUGACUUUCCCGAUUUUAAUGGAUUCAUCAACAAAGGACGUGAGCGUCGUAAGGAUGAGCUUCUGGCAAAUAAAUUCUUGAGCAAGAACCGUCGGGCAAGUGCGCCAGGAGUAACAAAUAAUCGCAAGCCAGGGACUGGUCCUUCACUUGCCAGUAGAAUGGGCGUUGGAAAGCGCGGCGCGGCUGUGUUCAAACCUGCACCUAAACAGAAUUCCAAACCGGCUGUCGGAAACGUUGAUGCGGAAUGGACGCACGAUCUCCACCCUUUAAACAAUCCAGGCGCUUCUCGAGGCUCUCAAAUCCCUCCUCGUGGCCCAAGAGAUAUCAAUACGCGCACGCGCAACGAUCGACUUGCGAAAGCUUUCAAUGGCUCUGCAUCGACACCGAACUUGAAUGCUCAAUAUAAUAUCGUUGGAAAGUCGAAGGCGCCCACUGGAAGUUUGUCCAUCAAGGGACUCGCAGGACCAUAUAUUGUAUUGGCGGAGAAUUUCGCGCAAGGCACUUCGGCACAAGACAUCGAGAGUGCGAUGGCGCCAGUUGGUGGAGCUCCUUUGAGCUGUCGCCUCCUCUCAGAUUACCCAAAGGUCAUUGCAGAGAUUAUCUUUGAUUCUAAAGAUGGAGCUGACAAUGUUAUCGAGACCUUCAACAAUCAAGAGGCGGAUGGAAACUUGUUGUACGUUUAUCACAAGUCUGCAGCUCUUGCGCAAACGCCCAAACUUGCCAACCAACGUUCCGUACCUCGAUCGAUCGUUCCUACGGGUCCAAAGGCGGGUCGUUUCGAUCGCAGUUCCGGUAGCGACAAUCAUGAUUCACGAUACCGAACCUCAGACAGCUCACGAAGCUCUCGCGAUGAUGUUAUCGAUGGUUCCCACGGUUUCGACGAUCGCAUGGACACCGACGAUCAGGAUGAGGGUAGGCAUAACAACAACGGUAGAAGUCAAGGGCUUUAUAGCGACAACCUUGUGGGAGGUCGUAACAGUAACAACAACAUCAGCCGUAAUGGCAAUAACUGGAACGGCGCACGAGGAAACGAUAGAAGCCGUGGCUACAGAUGA